AUGGACGCGGUGGUGCUGAGUGUGCUGCAAGCGCGACACGAGGGGCAUCACGACGAGGUGCCCAGUCCUGUCAUUCCCGGUGGAAACGCCCAUCAUGGCGCUCACUAUGCUAAUAUCACUUAUGGGUACAUUCUUGUGCUGAUAUCUAUAAUUGGCAUGGUAUGGAUAAGUGUCACGAACACUAUAAACAUCAGGUCAGCCGGAGCAGGCGUGUCUGGGUUGACUGGAGGAAUUUCAGGUCUGUCAAGGAAGCUGUCGGACAUUUCGCUAAGGGGAUUCAGACUUGGUCAUUUACUCUCCAAACCAUCUCCUAGAUUAGUCCUUUUGCCAUUAUGGAUCCUGGUAGUGGCUUUAUUAUCACUUACUGGUGGAGCUACAGGGUCACUGAAUGGACUGGCAAAACGGUUGGGAAGAAUUACGUUCGCAAUAGUACCGCUGAUUCUGUUCUUGUCACUCAAACCGUCACCAUUACCUAAUACAUAUUAUGUCAAGCUACUGACUUUUCAUAAAUGGAUCGCUAGAAGUGCUGUAUUAACAGGCUCGCUCCAUGGGAUCCUGUACACAGCAUACUUUAUUAGACAGGGAACCACAGUCAAGAUCCUCAAAGUGGAUAAUUUACUGGGAGUAGUGUUACUACUAGGGUUUUUGGUGGUGUUUAUUACUUCGUUAAGACCUAUUCGAACAAGAUACUAUAGACUAUUUUACGCGCUCCAUUAUCCAUUGGCAUGGGUUUUCUUGAUAAUAGCCAGUUUCCAUGCUCGUCCAGGAGUUGGGUUUCUAGCUCUUUGGUCGGCAUUUAUCCUGCUGGGCCAGGCCUUUUAUAGAGUGUUUACCUCACGAACAAUUCGCAUCAUUGAAAACUAUCAGGUAUCACCAACCCUGUAUUCAGUCACGCUUCCACGAGAUAUAAUGCCUGAUUACUUCCCAGCAGGUUCGCAUAUUAGACUGGGUAAACGAAGUCUGUGGUCACCUUUGUCAUGGCUUGAGCCUACUCAUCCGUAUACCAUUGCAUCUCUGUCAUCAGACGAGGCCAAUAUCAGACUUUUGAUCCGGAAAACAAACUUCACUAUUCAAAAUGGAGUUCAUUAUACGAUUUCAGGACCGUUUGCGAGCAGGAUAGCUCAAGAGCUCAGUCCAUCCACCAGUUCCAGUUCGGAUGGUGGUGCUGAUUCGGGUGUUGGGUAUAAAGCAGUAGGAGAUGGAGCUCGUAAAGUAGUAGUAUUUGCUGGGGGUUCAGGACUGUCAUUUGCAGCACCACUUGUUCGUGAACUGAGUUCCAUGGGUAUUGCCUACCGUCUUAUCUGGAUAACCCGUGACAAAACUGAUCUCAAGGCUCUCGAACUGCUUGAAAUCAGUGCUGCCGAUGUGUAUAUCACAGGUAAUAACCCCAACAGCUCUUCUAACGUCUACAGCGACAUUCUGGACCGUGGUAAUGAGUUCAACUUGAACCUUUCUUCUGGUCUUUCAGCACUGAAAUCAGUCUCUUCAGCAGCAGCCACUGUUGCUAGCGGAGGUCGAACUCGCGGUGUCAAUACCAGCACGACUGGAUACAAUGACUAUGAAGAAGAAAUAGAAUUCGAUGAGCUCGUGGAAUCAGACCCUGAACUUUCGUCAUCAACCUCGACUCAUGACGACGACGACACUCCACUGGAACCUGCCACCCCCAGCGACGCCAGCUCGUCGUCCUCUUCAUCCAACAACACACGAUCCAAACGACGAUCUAACACCAACCUCUCCGAUACCAGCCGAGCAAACACCAACUUCAACUCGACAAAACCCCCUACAAGCUCGUUUGCUCGAAUCACAAUUACCUACGGCCGACCCGACUUCUCCCAAUCCACAAGCACAUUCAUACUUCCCGGCCAACAACGCUCCUCCUGGGCCAUAGCCUGCGGUCCCAAACAGCUCGUCCACGACGUCGAGACCUGGGCCACUGCCAACCACAUUUCCUUCUCCGGCGAAAAGUACUUCCUAUAA